UCCCAAUUCAACCUCGACGCACCCGCAGUCGCUCUUUUUACGUUGCGAUCAGUUCGACUUCCCAUCUCUUGCAACAAAAAGUCCCAACUCAAUCGUCAAGAUGGGUCGCGUUCGCACGAAGACCGUCAAGAAGUCAGCCAAAGUCAUCAUCGAGCGAUACUACCCCAAGCUCACACUCGACUUCGAGACCAACAAGCGCAUCUGCGAUGAGAUCGCUAUCAUUGCCUCGAAGCGUCUUCGCAACAAGAUCGCCGGCUACACCACCCACUUGAUGAAGCGUAUUCAGCGAGGACCCGUCCGUGGUAUCUCCUUCAAACUGCAAGAAGAGGAGCGUGAGCGAAAGGAUCAGUACGUCCCAGAGAUCUCGGCGCUGGACUUCACCCAGAACACCGAGAGCGGACAAUUGGACGUCGACUCAGACACCAAGGAUCUGUUGAAGAGCAUGGGCUUCGACUCUGUCCCUGUCAACGUUGUGCCAGUUGCUCAACAGCAGCAGCAGGAGCGUGGUGGCCGAAGAGUCUUUGGUGCCGAUCGACGAUAGAUUUUUUUUGGUCGUCGUAAACCAUGAUUCAAUUGGCCAAGAGGAGAGCAUGUUCAUGAUGAUACGGCAUAAGGCGGGCGGCGUCAAGUCGAUAUCGGACAUUUUUUUACUCUGCCGGGGAACACAAACCUUUCCCACCCUCAUCCAAGACUAUGGUCUACACAUGAUGGAGGAGAUGAUGGACAUACCAUGUUGAUGGCAACCAGCUCCGGAUACAUGACGGCUCAAAACCCCGCGCUGAGGAACGUGAGCGCCAUGAGGGAGCUCAGUGAGGUAUCUACUUGCUAGCUUCAAAAGAAACAAAUUCCACAAACACAAGGUGUCGCCUAGUCUGUCACAGACGAAGCUUGAUUGCCAAUCCUUCCUUCUUGUCAUGCUGUGCCCCUCAAAGUUUGACCGAAAGGCAAGAGCCUCUCAAG